AACGUUUGUGGACACAAGCUUCCCGGUCGGCGAGAGCGUAGGUUGGCAACUGCGGAGGAGACUGAGCCGGAUCGUGGGCAUGUCGGAGCGGCGAACGCGGUCCGGAGGGGCCGCCCAGCGGUCGGGAGUCAGGACUCCACUUACUAAGUCUUCUAAGAGGUUCCAGCGGAAAUCUGGCUCAGAUCUUCCAAACAUCCUUCCUGAAAUUUGGCCGAAGACACCUCAUGCGGCUCCGGUCAGAAAGCCCAUCGUCUUGAAGAAGAUCGUGGCUCACGCAGUAGAGGUCCCAUCUGCCCACACGCUUCGAAGGAGUCCUAGGAUCUCUUUUAUCUUGGAAAAAGAAAACAGCCCUCCUCUCAAGGUCCCUACUAAGGAGGACCUCUUCAAGACUUGCAGUGUCCCUGGUACCCCCACCAGCACCCCAGUGCUGUAUGCUCAGAAUGUUGACUCUAACUCCGGGGAGGGAGAGCUGGACAUCAGAGACUUGGAAAUGUCCCAGAAAGUCAGACGAUCAUACAGUCGGCUGGAGAGCCUCAGUUCUGCCUCAACCUCCACUCCUGGUCGCCGGUCCUUCUUUGGCUUUGAGGGACCUGAAGACUUGCCUGGAGUCUCACCUGUUGUGUGUUCAAAGUUAACUGAAGUUCCAAAGGUACCUGUGAAGCCCUGGGUUCCAGACACAACCCUUCCUGGUAUCUCUCCUCCAGCUGUGAAAGAGAAGCGAAAGAAGAAGGUGCCAGAGAUCCUGAAAUCGGAGCUGGAUGAGUGGGCUAUGGCCAUGAAUGCUGAGUUUGAAGCUGCUGAACAGUUUGAUCUUCUGAUUGAAUGAGAUAGAGUGGGGGUACCCCCGGCCAUGCUCUCACCUCUCUCUCCUUGUGCAUAUUGCCCUUGAGUAGAAAGGACUUGUAAGGUCCUCUUUAUUGGCCUUGUUAUCCAGAAAGGUGUUGCUGGCCCCCGUCAUAUUGUAACUAGUACCCUGGGCGGUCUACCUCCACAGUGUUGGAGAUGAGAAGCCAUUCUGCUCUGAGCCCACACUGUCAGAAACAGGUUCAGCCGUGGGCUGUCUCUGGUGUUGCCCUCUGGUGGCUUGGAGUCUGGCCACCAACCAGUAAAAGCGUUCUAUAGAGUCUGAUAGGGAACUCACAGGCUGGGGAGCUGGACUUGGAGUCUGGGUUAUGAAAAAGGCAGAGGGAGUCAUAGUUGGGUGUUUUUUUUUUUUUUUUUAAGCACAUGUGACUAUUACAUAGGAGCUGUUCGUGUCUGUGUUCUGCUCUUAACACAUUGGUGAAUGAGGUACCGAUGCUUGGGGCACAGUGGACAUACUCCAUAGUGUGGGCUCCAGAUGCCACCAAGUCAGGGUUUGUGGUCUCUCUUUGACCAUCCUCUCCUCACCCACAUCUCUUUCUUUCUGAUGAGCUGCAGUCUCAGCUCUAGGAUGUGGUUCUUUGCAACUACACUGAGAAAGCUCUGGGUGUUACUGCCCAUGAUCCAGACAGCUGCUCACUGGAGGCCGUGAGCUUGACUAUUACACUCUCACAUGAGACCAUUCCGAGGGGGUUGCUGGGAAUUAAAAUGUGUGUCUCGUGGUCUCUCUCUGCGGAAAUGUCUCCUGCCUACCACUCCUCUCUGGUAGAAGAUACGGUUUCAAACGCCAUUGGAUUUUUGCAAGUUUAUGGGAGGAGAAACUGUG